UAUAAACGCGUGCCGGAGCAUUGUGAUUUAUUAUUUUUUAAAAAAUGGUUAUUAGUGUUAUUAUGUUCAAGUGUUAAAAGUCUUCCGCUGGUUGCUAGGUGACGAUUAAAUUUCUUCCAAUUAAUUUGCAAAUGAGGCAUCGCGGACGUGGAUUUAACUCUAAAUUAAUAGUAAAUUAACACCCCCACCCCCACAUUGUCCCGUGGUCGUGAAACUGUGGCAUAUUAACUUUAACAAAGGUGCGGGACUCGGUUUUUUUUUUUUUUUUUUUUUUUACAUUAGCAUGUAAUGCUAGGCUAAAUUAAAGCUAGCUGGCUGUUGUGUGGCGGGAAACAGACCGGAUGUCCCCCCGCCUCCCCCCCCACGCACAUCAGCUUCUCUUCUUCCCAGCAUCCAUCUCUCUCUCUCUCUCUCUCUCUCUCUCUCUCUCUCUCCCUCCCUCCCUCUCUCCUUCCCUCCCUCCUCACUCUUCUUCCAUCAUCCUGAGUCAUCCGAGUGCUUCCCAAGUGUUCUUGGAUUGGGAUCCGGUCCAGCUCGUCGUUAUCAUGACCCAGGUGGUUCCGACUCGUCCUGCUGCAGUGACAGCUCUGGCCCCGCCUCCUGCCACCCCUCCGACCAAUAGGAAGGCGUCUCCUUGCCGUUCGGCCUCCGGUCUCAGGAAGCCCGCAGGUCAGCUUGGACCAUGUUGGUCUCCAGUCCAUUGUUGGUUUGAAAACUAGGCAGUGGUUACAUAAUACACGGGAACAUGUUGACGAGUCAGCGUGUGUGCGCAGAGCCGAGCGAGCCGCUGCCGGACAAAGAUUGCCGAGCUCGGCAGCCGCUGGAGCGAGAGCGCAAGAUGGCGGCGCAGCGGCGGAAGGAGCAACAGCGCCGCCCGGCGGCCGAGGACAAGAGACGGCAGAGGCAAGAGGCCGAAAAGGAGAGGCUGGAGGCCCUGGUGCGCCGGAGAGCCGGAGGAGGAGAGGCCCGGGACCACCGGGACAACAGGCCGAAGCGAUGGACGUGGGGCGGGCCCCCCGAUGGAGUGGAGGCGUGUGAAUUCCUGGCCCCGCCCGAUCCGUCAGAUCAGCCGGUGAGCAAGCAGAUGUCCAACUCGUCCUCCGCCCUCCACCCGACAGAGACGGGUGACUUACCACCCGCAUCUUCCAACAAGCACAGACCUCACAGAAGUUCCUCCAACCGCCGGAGCGUCGCCGCCUUCCCCGAGGAGACGUCGCGAGCCAAAACGCCCACGGGAGAGAUUCCUUGUGCGCCUGUUCGUAGUUCAUCCUUCAAAUCCAAUGGUAAAGGUCCUGCUACACCCAAAAGGAUGCGGUCCAGCAGGAGUCGGGCUGAGUCGCCGUGCUCGCCGGGCCAGUACCCGCCGUCGCCUCUCCGGCAGAGGGCCACCACUCCCGGCGGCGACGACAGAGGUCACCACGGCGCCCCGGACAGGAAGACGGCCAAAUCCGAACCCUCAGAGAAGAAGAUACCCAAAUCUACCAGCAGGGAACUGUGCGCAGAGUCUCCGGGAACGCCAACGGGCCGCAGCGCGGGCGGCCCCAUGGACGCAGAGGAGGCCUCGCGCCUGCUGGCCGAGCGGCGCCGCCUGGCCCGGAUACAGAAGGAACAGGAGGAGCGGCAGCGGCAGGAGGAGGAGCUGCUGAAGGCCGAGGAGGAGCGCAAGAGGCAGCAGGAGGCCCUGGAGCAGCAGGAGCGAGCGGCCCGGCAGGCCGAGGAGGAGCGGGUCCGGCGCCAGGAGGAGAAGAAGAACAGAGAGGAGGAGGAACGCCGGCAGAAGGAGCAGCGGUGGAAGGACAUGCAGGACCAGCUGGACAAAGAGAGGGAGGAGGCCUUCCGGCGGGCCCAGCGCGAAGCCGAGAGGAAGAUGAGGGAGCGGGAGCAGCUUCACAUCCAGGAGGAGCAGGAGAGGCUGCAGAGGAAGAAGAGAAUCGAGGAAAUCAUGAAGAGAACCCGCAAGAGUGACACGGAGGCCCCGCCCGGGGGUGCAGGUACCACCUCCUUUGCGCACAUUGUGGACUGUCGUGCGGUCGUGCCGACGCCGUUCUCGUCUGGCGUGCCGUCAGCCUGCGACGUGAAGUCGGAGAUGACGGCGCUCGCCCUGGAGGAGGACGUCCCCGCCCCCGCCCCCGCCGAGACCCCCGUCGUCCUGCUGGGACCGCUGGAGAACAAGAGCUGCGUGGACGAGCUGUCGGACGGCGUCCAGUCCAUGGACGUCAGCCCCGUGUCCAGGGACGAGCCGGCCAGCGCUCAGGACUUCUCCCCGGUCGCGGACCGCUGCCCCCUGGAGCACACGAUGGACCUGGACCCGCAGGCGGCCCCCUACCCCAAGCUGCAGGCCGGCAGCGGGGUGGGCGACCUAAACGAGAACCUGCUGAUCCAAGCGUACAGCGGCACCGCCGCCGAGCCCUCUCUGCUCAUCCGCAGCGUCGGCGCCGGCGAGGUGGACGUGUGACGUGGCGGACGCGUGGGCGCGCGGGAAACUUGCAUCCUCUGCUUCUGGACUGAGCGCAGCAUCAACGAUCGUCGCUUUUUUUCCCCACCGGGGAACGGCGACCGCUCCUCACCCUGCAAGACGAUCGACACGCUAAAACAUCCCAAAAUGAUCACGCGUCAUCUCUACUUCAUGAACUCCAAACCUGACUUGCCGAUUUCGCGACUGAAUGAUGCAUUAAUCACAAACGAUAGGCGACGGGAUACUUCCGGGUGGCAGAACGCGAGUCAGGUACCGCUGACAAAAAUAUGAACGGUAUGAAUUUCUACCAUGUCUAUUUUUGAAUUCUUUUACUUGUUGAGUUGCAUAUUUUGGUCUCUGCUGGCUCUCCGCUCGUCACGUAGCAUCCGUCCCUCCAUUUUCUAAACCGCUUAUCCUCACGAGGGUCUCGAGAGCGCCAGAGCCAAGCCCAGCAGUCAUCGGGCAGGAGGCGGCUUACGCCCUCGACCGGUUGCCAGCCAAUCCCAGGGCGGCACAAUCAACCCAAUUUUAAUUGUGCGCUUGAUUUUUGGUGCCGCCAUUAAAUUGUUGAUCUUCGGCGAUGUUUACGUUCACGCGAAGGCCCAGCAUUUGACAUCUAACCACCAGGGGGGGCACACUUGCUUGAGGUGCCAUUAAACCAGCUGGAUGCCCUAUACUGCUUGUAUCGAAAGUAAUUAUUCAUACUAACGUUCCAUUUCGCACAUAAAACAGCUAACGUUUGCUGAAUAGUAGCGCAAUGAAAUGUCUUCCCUAACGUGACGAAUAAUUGUGAUUAAUAACGGUGAUCAGGAUAUUGAUCAAAAUGAUCGUUUUGGAAUUAUUUGCGCAGCCCUACAGGGAAGCGUUCGCAUAAGAUGGCGUUUCGCCACCCGGUUGUCGUCCUGCGCCGGGAACCGACCGACCGACCGAGCGAGCGGACUUCCCGGUGACGUCGGAGAGCGAAAGUUGACGCUCGGGGCAACCCAAAAAGACGACUUUGAAAGAUCUCAGAAGCGCAAAAUGGAGAGAGAGGAAAGGCCCGAGUCCGAGUUCCCGCCCGAGUCCACGUGGGCCGCGUCGUUUGCCGCUUGCUUGGAUCAGCGCCCAGCUCGCGCUUUUGGGGCCCGUGUAAAUAACGUCGGUGGGGCGCCCAAACGCCGCGGCCGGAGACGUUAGCUGCCCGCACUCGUAGCUUGGCGCACUGUUGAUUUGUAGCCUGUAGCUUGGGAGCCCCGUAGAGACAUUUUGUGGACCGCAGAGUCCACGGUGAAGGGUGGAGGGGCGCUAAGAAAUGUCACUCAGUUUUGGCAUGUACACGAUUCACACACAAAAAAAAAAAAAAUAUAUAUAUAUAUAUAUAUAUAUCAGGAUUUUUUGUGAGUAGUGUACACGCAUAGUUGUAACGCACUGCUCGCUGCAGCGUGUAGUAUGCACUGUUAUUACUCUGUACUCCACGCUCACCCCCCUUCACCCCCACCUCGAAUAUACCUCACUCGGGGGCGCUGGUCAUCCUCUGAGGCCUUCCCCCUCAACCGCUUCCAUCCUCCGCCGAACGCACCCCAACGUGGAGACGCAGGGGGCGCUUGAGGAGCGACGACGAGCAAGCGUUGUUCUUUAGCGCUCCGCUAACGGUGGCUGCGAGGCCCCCGCGCCACGGAUCGCCACCUGUGCCACCCCCCCCCCACCACUAGUAUGCCGCAGCCUGCUGGAAUAUACCAUUGUAGAUGUAAUGCAUGGAUUACUGCUGAAUAACAAGUAAAUGUCAUCAAACCAUCUGGUGUCUGUCCAUUGAUCUCGGCGACAUAUUAAAUCUUAAAUUAAAUAUUAAAUCUUCGAUGGUCCGAUUAACCUGUUUC